AUGUUACAGUCACAAUGUCAAAAGAGUUAGUUGCUCACACAUUUGUCCAGUGAGUGUCGGCGAGUGUUGCUGGUCCAGCGGUUCUUUAAUCCUGUAUGUAAAUGACAGCCAAUAGAUGCUGUUGUUGAGUUGGGCUGGGAUUAGCGGAGGCGAAUGACUUUCAAUUUUACUGGAUUACAGAACAAAGAAAGGGGAAAGGGGACACACUCCUCUGUUAAAGAAAACAGAAAGAAAACGGGGCAUAUUGAUCAAAUAAACCACGUCGAUUGCAUUUCAGCAGACUACAAACCAUUCGAGAUUAUGACAUUUAAUAAAGUCGCUAUCGCCUUUCUUUAGAUGGGAAUUCGGCUCUCACUGUUGGAUUAAACGGAGAAUAAACCUAUCCGGGAUUGACAGCAUAAGAAGAAUGGCACAGAUACGGAAGCUGGGCUGUGAUGGGAUGAGGACCAACUCUCGGCCAGAGCUCAAAGUUCCCCAAGUGUCAGCCAGACAAGAGAUCCUCACCAGCCUAGUGUCUGCUCUGGACUCUGUGUGCACUGCCAUGUCUAAACUGAAUGCUGAGGUGGCCUGUGUCACUGUGCACGAGGACAGCGUGAUCGCCGUGGGAACAGAGAAGGGAAGAAUCUUCCUAAACUCCAGAAAGGAAAUACAGACAGACUUUCACAAGUUCUGCAAAGUGUCCUGUCUGCAAGCAUUAACUUCCAUGAACUCCCACGCCAAAGCUCCUGAUGUGGACUGCAGCAGGACUGGCAAAGACUGCGGGCAGCAGGGCAGACAGAGAGCCUUAACAGACACUCAUUCCAACAUCUUCGUCCUAAGGAAGAUGGUGGAGGAGGUGUUCAGCGUGCUUUAUAGUGAGGCUGUUGGGAAGAGCAGCCUGGUCCCUGUGCCUUAUGACUGGAUUCUCAAGGAUCCCAGCUCAGUGGUUGUCUACGGCCUGCCUGAUGGUGUGACUUUGAGAAAGCCUUCGGAAUAUGACACCAAGACCUUAAUGAAGAUCUUAGAGCAGAGCAACCGCAUCCGCUUCAUAGUCAAAAGAACACCAGAGGAACCCUCUCGGGAUGCCAAAUCCUGUCCGGAAGUCAACCAUCAAUCUUCGACCUCAAAGAGCGUAAGCAACCACGCCUCCGUCAAACCCUCCAUGCAGGAAGUGUCUGCUAGCAACUCCAUGCUCUCCAGCUUCCUGUACGGCAUGCCCAUGUCCUCCCAGCCCCACCCAGACAGCAAGCUGGACCUGAAGCCCACAUCACUGCACUGCGUUGGUAAAGAGCGGCUGGGCAUGUGGGCGUCCGCUGAGGAGAAAGCGGUUCAGGCCAAGGAAUGUGCUGACAAUGGCGAACGAAUAGGGCUGGCAGCGGAUCUUACCCAGAGCCCUCCCAGCAUCCAUGUCUCCAAGCGCCUUCUGUUCUCCAUAGUGCAUGAAAAAUCAGAAAAAUGGGACUCGUUCAUCAGGGAGACCGAGGAUAUCAACACCCUUCGAGAAUGUGUUCAGAUCCUCUUCAACAGCAGAUAUGCUGAGGCAUUAGGCCUGGAUCACAUGGUUCCUGUGCCGUACCGUAAAAUCGCCUGUGAUCCUGAGGCGGUGGAGAUCAUUGGAAUUCCAGACAAGAUUCCCUUCAAGAGACCAUGCACUUACGGUGUGCCUAAACUCAAACGGAUCCUGGAGGAAAGGCAUGCUGUCCGCUUCGUUGUCAGAAGAAUGUUUGAUGAACGGAUCUUUACUGCUGCUGGUAAAGUAGCUAAGGAGGAGGGCAAACAGGAUGGUGUCGGCCUCGAGGACGGUUUCCCAGAUGGCCUCAGGGUGCCGAGCUCUUCCCUAGAGCUGGUCAGCAACACUCACAGUAGCAGAUCGACUAGCUCCUGUGUCAGUCCUUUGGCUGAGUGUGAAGCAGGGCCAUCUGGAGACUGCCUGCCUUUGAAAAAGAUCAAAACAGAACCCCCAGAUGGUGAAAUUAUCCAGGUGACAGUGCCAGAGUCCAGUGCUACUACAGAGGAGCCAAGUGAGCCUCAGGCAGAGCGGGUGACCCCUGACCUCUGUCAUCCCAAGGAGCCUGAAGCAGAAGAUUUAACGCCGAAGUCUACACCACAAGGGCUCAAGAGAGCUGUUGAAGAAGACAUCGGAGAGAUGAUCCUUCAGCUGCGAAAGCAAGUCGAGAGCCUUUUCAGCUCCAAGUACAGUGAGACUCUUGGUCUGCCUGAACCGGCUAAAGUGCCAUACUCCAAGUUCCAGAUGUACCCGGAUGACCUGUAUGUCACUGGGCUGCCAGAAGGGAUGACUUUUCGAAGGCCAAACUGUUUUGGGGCAGCAAAACUCAGAAAGAUUCUUGCUGCCAGUAGUCAGAUUACAUUUGUUAUAAAGAGGCCAGAAUUGUUGACAGAACAAGUAAAAAAUGAAGGUGCCUCUAAGACGACCUCUGAUUCAGCAGAAACCGACUCUAAAGACCAAUCAGAUGACCCGGGACCUGCCUCCAAAAGACCAGGAUUCUCAGACAGUUUAGAGGCCAAGCUCUCCCGUAUCGACUUGGCGAACACACUGCGAGAGCAGGUCCAAGACCUGUUCAACAGGAAAUACGGCGAGGCACUGGGCAUUAAGUAUCCUGUGCAAGUGCCUUACAAGAGGAUCAAGAGUAACCCUGGCUCAGUGAUUAUCGAGGGCUUGCCCCCUGGCAUCCCCUUCAGAAAACCCUGUACCUUCGGCUCACAGAAUCUAGAGAGGAUAUUAGCGGUGGCUGACAAGAUCUCUUUCAGCAUUACCCGGCCUUUCCAAGGGCUCAUUCCCAAGCCAGCACCACGAAGAAUAACCAUAUUAAAGAAAGGUUACACCCCAAUAAGCGAAGAAGAUGAGGUCAACCGAAUGGGAGAGAAAGUGAUAUUAAGGGAACAAGUUAAAGAGCUCUUCAAUAAGAAAUACGGUGAAGCUUUGGAUUUGGAUCGCUCAGUCAUUGUUCCGUACAAGUUAAUCCGUGCCAAUCCAGGCUCGCUGGAGGUGUGUGGACUUCCGGAUGAUAUCCCCUUCAGGAAUCCCAAUACUUAUGACAUAGUUCGGUUGGAAAAAAUCCUUCAGGUCCAAGAUGAAAUUACUUUCCAUAUCAAAACCCCCCUACAGCCUUUUACAGAGUUGUGUACUCAAACUUGUAAUAAAGAAGGUAAAGAAGUGUCUACGAAUCGACGCAAACGUAAACGAGUACUUGACAACAGUCAAGCAUCCAUGGCCACUAGAGCAGACUCAGCACUAUCAACCAAUCAGAUACCUGUCAUGCAAUGGCCCAUGUACAUGGUGGACUAUAGCGGAGUGAAUGUUCAAGUUCCUGGCAAAGUCAAAUACUAAAUAACUUUCCGAUGCCGUAUGGAAGACUUUCACCAUUAUGGGACCUUUUUAAAUGUUUCUAAAUGCUAAAUUCAGCUUUCCCCAGAGCUGUGGCAGAUCGGGCGGCUCACGCAUGGAGACACCUGUGUGUUCUGGCAGGUGUUAGAGAGUGUGAACCGCUGGAUGCAAUGAAGUGCUAAUGAUGGAAAAACACAGCAGUAAAUCAAUCGGCCAGUGCUCUAUUACUUAAGAGGAAUAGUACUCAUCCUCCUGUCAGUCCAAACCUCAAUGCUUUUUAACUGAAAAAAGAGCAACAUGCAGGUUUGGAAUGACAUGAGGGUAACUAUUCCUUUAAGAGGUUGUUUGUAAAAGGAGUAGCCGUUAUUUGAGUAUCAGAUGAACUAUAUUGCUUUGCCACCAGGAUUUGUGACAGCAGAUCCUGGACACAAUCAUGGUUAAAUAACCAUCUCAUAAAGAGCAGUAAGAAUGAGAUUUGGGAUUAUUUUUAUUUUUAUUUUUCCCAAAUAAUAAUCACUGUUGGGAUACACAGCCUUGUUUGGUGCCGAGAGCUCGUACAGUACGUAUAUACUAUACGACGCGUGUAGUUGUCUGGGUCUCAUGCCUUGCAAAUGUUUGUAUUGUUAUUUAUUUAUUUAUUUAAAUAAAAACUUGUAUACGCAGGGAAUGUAAACUACCACAUUCAGUAUAGAGCAUAAAGUACUGAAUAACACGACUAAUGAUGCUAAAAGCAGCUAGCUACUGUAUGUAUUCAGAGAGAAACUUCUGCUUCAGGUUUCAGUACGUCAAGUUGGAAAACCCUAACAUGAUAGCACUAACUUAUAUUCAAUUGAGAGACUUUUUUGUAUUAUUUUAGCUUUGUAAGUUACUCUAGUUCGUUAAAGUAAGGCAAAGUGAGAUAUUUCACAGAGAAAACAUCAUGAAUGUAUUGUUUGUAAAGGAAAGAAUGCUAUAAUGUUAUUCUGUAAUGACUGUCUCUGGAAUCACCAGUAUUUAUAUGCUGUACCCUAAUGCCAUUUAGGCCUUUCAAAUAAAAUGUGUUGCCUUGCA